CUUUGAUCCCCUUUACCUGAUGCGAAUAUCGCAGAGGCCAUUGGCAUCCUCGGCCUCGUUGGUGUCGUUGACGUCUGCUGGAAAUGGGGCAAGAAACUUGUCGAAAUAUGCGAAGCUUUCAGGCACGCCGACACGCAACUUGACGAGUACAUCUUUCGUCUCGAUGCCCGCUGGCUGCGCAUUGAGGACCAGAUUCAGGUAGUCCGCAAAAUAUGACCACUACUCAGCAGCCGCCACCAGGCCGUCCAGCGACGGUCCCUGGAGAUGGUGCUCGCUAAACUCACGGCGGCCGUCUCCAGGCUGGAGAGUUUUAUCGAGAUACCAGAUCCUGCCCAGGGACCUUUGGCCCAACCAAGAAUCAAGUGGUGGAAGUACUCGAUUGUCAAAGAGGCUCUCGCAGAAGCCAUUUCCGAGCUCGAAAGAUGGCAGCAAAUAUUCGACCCGAGCUGGUUCCUAUUACUGCUGAUUGCCGACCCGCAAGUCGACAGCCAACUCGAGGCCACCCAGCCGCGGGCCGGCUCCGUACGCGGAGGGCCCCCGGCGCCUCUCUCCGCCGCACAGCCUAUACGCCGCGCCAUCAACCCGGGCACGGCGAAUAACGGCCGCUCCGACGUUAACCUCUCAUGGAAGGGCCUGGUAGCCGGGAGCAUCCGUACAAUUCCUUUCAGCACGGUCAGCAUCGCCCAGUGCGCCGACAACCAGCAAAGCGUGCUGCUGGACCCUGUUACCUGCGUGUCGCGAACCUCGGCAGACGCCAUGGCCCAAGACAUCCGUAACUCCGCCUGGAGCCUACGCCACGCAGACCCCUCUACCCUGGGCCUGCUCGGGUGCAAGGGCAUCUUGAAGGACGAGGAGGGAGACGGGGCGGCCGGGGGAAGGGCGGGGUCUCGACCCGUACUUCCCGCCGGUCUUUGCUUCGUCUUCCGCCUCCCCGUAAACCACCCACACGUGGAGAGUCUGCGGGGCCGCCUUCUCGGUGGGAGGGAUCGCGCCCACGACUCGCUGCCAGAGCGCUUCAUCCUGGCGAGGCAGAUGGCGGCGGCCGUCAGCUACGUCCACCUCUACGGUUACGUACACAAAAACAUCCGGGUCGUCUCGCUCUCCUGGCCCGCUGUCUGGCCGGAACCAAGCUAGGUAGUGAGCUCUUCCGUGCGGAGUAUCCACUCACAGGUUCCGAGAGCACGGUCUCCUUUAUUCCGCUUCAAUGCGUUCUUGUCCC